AUCAUGUAUUCAUGUAAUUUUGUUGAGAAAUUGAAUUAGGUAUUGAAAUGUAUUUUGUAACCAUGUUGUAUUGACAGAACUCGUGUUGUUAUCAAAAAGUUAUCGCAAAUGCUCACGGUUACUGAAAUCAUCUUUAUCAAUGUAUUCAUUUCAUCCUUUCCCUCAUUGUAUUCUUACUUGUAACCUCGUCUUGUCGUAUUUAUAACAGCAAGUGAACUUUUAGGUUUUUAUUUUACUAAAAAUGUCGCAAAAAAUAGUUUUUGUUGGUUUUAUAACUUAUUCUAAUUCCUUGAAAGAUCUUAAUGCAUUUGCCGGUUACUUAUGUGUUGAAGACGGAGUGAUAACCAAACUAGGUACACGAGAACAAUUUGGAAUUUUGGAAAGGAAAGGACAAUUCAGUGGGUUUAGAAUAAAGCAUUUGGGAGGCAAUCAAUUUUUGAUGCCUGGUUUCAUAGAUUGCCAUACACAUGCACCACAGUUCCCAAAUAUAGGCCUGGGACUGGACAGACCCCUGCUGGAGUGGUUAGAUAAAUAUACAUUUCCAUUGGAGUCCAAGUACAAAGAUAUAGAUUUUGCGGCUAGGGUGUAUGAUAAUGUAGUUCAAAGGUUACUGAUAAAUGGCACAACAACUGCAUGUUACUUUGGUUCUCUGCACAAGGAGGGUAGUUUAGAAUUAGUCAAGAGUGCCAUAAAACACAAACAGAGGGCAUUAGUGGGGAAAGUCAGUAUGAAUGUGCAAAAUGAUGCUGGUUACUACAAUGAUACAGCUACUGAGUUGAAACAGACAGAAGAAUUUAUUAAAAAGGUGUUGAAUUAUAAAACAGAUUUAGUACAACCCAUAGUGACACCAAGGUUUGCUGUAAGCUGUGAUGACAAGUUACUGUGUGGUCUAACAGAUAUUGCCCUAAAAUAUGAUUGUAGGAUACAGAGCCACGUAUCGGAAAAUACGAAAGAAAUAGAGUUUGUAUUAACUCAAUUUCCUGGUUGUGCUAACUACUCUGAUAUUUAUGAUAAGUGCGGAAUAUUGACAAACAAGUGUAUAAUGGCGCAUGCAGUAUUCCUUUCACAAGAGGAGCAGAGGUUGUUUGCUAAAAAGGGGGUAUCCGUCGCACACUGUCCUGCUUCUAACACAAGACUGAGAUCCGGCUUGUGUCCCGUUAGACAACUUUUAAAUAACAAUGUCAAUGUUGGACUUGGCACUGAUGUGUCGGGCGGUGAUAGCGCAAGUAUACUAGAUGCAUUAAGGCGCGCAAUGGAUGUGUCCACUCAUCUCGAUAUGCAGGGAAAUGGCGGGAGUGCCCUCGAUUGGAAAGAAGGCUUUUUCCUUGCAACACUAGGUGGCGCUAUUGCGUUAAACCUCGACGAUAAAAUCGGUAACUUUGCUAUAGGCAAAGAGUUUGACGCCCUUGUCAUAGACGUGUUUCAAGGCCAAGUAGACGACUACGGGUAUCCUAUAGCAACCAGCGAAGAGCACAUUAUGCACCUCUUGCAAAGAUUCCUUUAUGUAGGAGACGACAGAAACAUAGUACAAGUUUACGUUAAGGGGAAAAUAGUGAAAGAUAUUCUGUGAUUCAUUGUGAUAAUUUUACAGUACCUUUAUAAUUAUAUCCGUGAUUUAAAGCAUUUAACCAGUGAUAAUAUUAUAUAGAAUACCUAGAUUUAUUAGCGAAAUAUAUAUACAUUCCAGUGAGCAAUUUAUUUUUACAAAUGUACCAUGUGUAUU